UUUGACAGAUCAGCAGGGCACAUUGACGGCUGCUAGGAACGUGUUUAUACAUCUGUGUCUCUAAAACACUUGCAAGUAGUUUGUAGUUAGAAUGGAAUUAUUUCAUUAACUCAUAGAGUACAUAUUAAGACAUAGUCUUUAGAAGAGUAAAUUAUGUACAAUUGUACAACUUUGAGAUGGUACAUAUUUAGUUGAAAUAUAAAGCAUUUACAAUAGGUUACAUCCGUGUACAACCGGAAGUCCACGGGAAGCAGUAGACAUCCAAGGGAGUUUACUCAAAGAAAAGAAAUGUUGAUACGUGCAUAAAUAAGAUUACGGUACAACUUGUUGAACAGUUGUUUGUUUUGAGUUGACAUCGUCAAGAUAUGAAGGACACCAACUUCGUUUUCUUUGUGCUGAUACUGGCGGUUUUAAAUGUUGGCGCCGAAUUAACUUUCGACAAAUAUCCGGAACACUUUAUAUUUGGAGUUGGCAGUGCUGCUUACGUCACUGAAGGAGCAUGGGAUAUUGAUGGAAAAGGUCCAAGUAUUUGGGACGAAUUUUCCAUUAAAAGCGGUUGGACAGAAUCUAGUGAUGGCGGUCAAAUAGCAGCCAAUGGAUAUAAUUAUGUUAAAGAAGAUGUACAACGUCUGAAACAAUUAGGGGUUUCUCAUUACAAAUUGUCCUUGUCUUGGCCUCGCCUGUUGCCUCAUGGAACAAACUCCAGCAUAAAUGAAGCAGGUUUUCAAUAUUAUGAUUAUGUCUUUGACGAGUUGCUGGCCAAUGGCAUUAAACCUUUUGUUGCUCUUUACCACUGGGACUUGCCACAGACCCUACAAGAUGAUGGUGGUUGGUUGAGCUCUGAUUCCAUCACCUGGUUUAAAGAUUAUGCCAACUUAUGUUUUGAACGCUACGGUGACAGGGUGAAACUCUGGACCACAAUUGAAGAUCCAUUCAGCAUCGCUUACAAAGGCUAUGUAACGGGCGAACACGCCCCUGGAUUUCAGCAUUCUGGGAAUGAGUAUAAAGUAGGUCAUCAGCUGUUACUUGCUCACGCUGAAGUCUAUCAACUGUAUCAGUCAAAGUUUAGAGGUCAUCAAGGAGGAGAAGUUGGUCUAACAAUCAGUUCUGACUGGUAUGUAGCUAGUACUGAGGAUGAAGAUGACAUCGAUGCCGCUAGGAGAGCUUUGAUAUUUAGAGUAGGGUGGUUUUUGGAGCCGCUGUACCGUGGAGACUAUCCACGCAUAAUGAAACAGAGGAUUGCACAUAAGAGAAAGACGCUGGGCUAUCGGCACCAGAAGCUGCCCAAGUUUACAUCUGAGGACAAAGCUAAGUUAAUAGGUGCUACUGACUUCAUAGGUAUCAGUCAUUUUAAAACUAAAUUGGUCACUGGUCAAGUUAAUACCAGCCCCUCACCAGGCUUUUAUAACGACCAAGAUUUGGUACUGAGUGUAGACCCGUCAUGGCCCAAGCUAGAGUACAGACCUGAGUUAAACCACGAGAGCGACCGGAGACUAACUGGUUUUGGACUGGAAGAGUUGUUGAAAUAUGUGACCUCUUCCUAUGACAGACCUGUCAUCUACGUCACGCAGAAUGGUCUGGACACAUGUGGUACUCUGAAAGACCAGCACAGAAUUGAAUACAUCCGUGAUUAUACCAACAGUGUCUUACAAGCUAUCAAGUGUGGUAGUGAAGUGCGAGGUUACUUCUUGUGGUCACUUAUGGACGGCUUUGACUGGGAGAAAGGUUAUAAAAGCAAAUCUGGCUUGUAUUAUGUCGAUUUUGAUCGGGACGAUCGACCUCGUUAUCCUAGAUCAUCUGUAGAGUUCUAUCGAUCCUUAAUUGCCCAUAGAGGACUUACAGAGGAUCUCAUCUCUUACAGAGCCUACGCACAAGACAGAGAUGAGUUUUACUAUGGGAAGUUUCCAGAUCAUUUUGAAUGGGGCGUAGCUACAUCUGCCUAUCAGAUCGAAGGAGGUUGGAAUGAAGAUGGUAAAGGUCCAAGUAUCUGGGACAAAUUUGCUCAUAAAGGUCGCUUACUUGGCAAAGUGACUGGUGAUGUGACUUGUGACAGUUAUCAUUUAUACGAGGAAGAUGUUAGGAUUUUAAGUGAACUUGGGGUAAAUUUCUACCAUUUGUCUUUAUCUUGGAGCCGCAUACUUCCUGAUGGUACUGCAGGAAGUUAUAACCAGAAGGGAGUGGACUAUUACAACAAUAUUAUCAAUGCUUUGUUGGCCAGAAACAUUACUCUGAUGGUUGCGUUGUAUCAUUGGGACCUUCCACAAGCACUAGAAGAUAAAGGUGGUUUUAGAUCUGACUUAAUAGUGGAUUGGUUUGAGGACUAUGCACGUAUUUGUUUUGAGCAGUUCGGCGAUAGGGUCAAACUAUGGCUAACUUUUAAUGAGGCCUAUGUCAUUAGUUUUUUCGGCUACGGAGUUGGAGAGCACGCCCCUGGUGUACGGGACCCAGGAGUUGGAGUUUAUAAAGCGGCACACAACAUUAUCAGAAGUCACACUAGAGCCUAUCACCUGUACACGAACCAUUUCAAAGAGAAAUAUGGAGGCAGUGUCAGCAUUGCUUUAGAUAUUGAAUGGAAAGAACCUUUGACUGACUCUGAAGAGGACUAUCUGGCAGCCGACAGAGCAAUUCAGUUUAAACUUGGAUGGUUUGGUAACGCCAUAUUUGGUGGUUCCGGGGAUUAUCCUGAAGUUAUGAAACAUUAUGUCGCCGAGAAGAGCAGGAGACAAGGAUUCUCUUCUAGCAGACUACCAGAGUUUACUGAGGAAGAAAAGAAACUCAAUAAUGGUGCUUUUGAUUACCUGGGUCUGAAUCACUACACGACACAUCUUGUCACACAAAGCAACACCACAACCAUGCGACCACACUAUGAAGAUGACCAGGACAUUGAGAUCUUAAAUGACCCAUGCUGGGCACCCUGUAAGGCAGACUGGCUCAGAGUGAACCCUUGGGGAAUACGUUACAUUUUGAGGUGGAUCAAAGAGCACUAUGGUAACCCUCCUAUCUACAUCACUGAAAAUGGACGCGCCACUGACGACAGUUUGGAAGACUGGGACAGAAUCUAUUACUAUAAAUAUUACAUUAAUGAGGUUCUCAAAGCAAUACGAUUAGACAAUGUUGAUGUUCGUGGCUAUUCGGCUUGGUCACUGAUGGACAAUCUGGAAUGGACGAACGGAUUUGAUGAGAGAUUCGGCUUUUACCACGUGGAUUUUACCAGUUCCAAAAGACCCCGAAGGCCCAAACAAUCUGCUUAUUUUUACAGAGAAUUGAUAGCAAACAACGGAUUCCCAAGAUAGGAAGAAGCACUCCCUUUCAUUGCAGUAUAAAGAGCGAGAUAUCCUAACAAAGUUUGUUUUGUUUAGAUAACAAUGUUCGGUGUAACCCUUAAACAUGCUCUGUUAACUGGUAUUGUGAGCUUGACUAAAUAAUAACAUUUAGAAAACAUAUCAGUGAUAUCCUCAUACCAUAUUGCAAUCAUCAGGUGAUAUCCUUAGAUCAUCAUGAUGUUAAGAAAAAAAAGCGUUAUGUUAUCAAACGCUUUUAAAGAAAAUAGAGAAAUAAUAAUAAAUAGUAUCAAUGAACUUUC